AUAUUAAUAGUCAUUUAGUUAUUGAGACUAAUAGAGUUCACACCAGAAAAGAAUUUUCUCAAAUUUAUAUUUCUUAAAAUUGUACCAGUGUAUUAAUGUCUAUAUUUUUUUAACAAACUAUAAUAUUGAUUUUAAUAGUGCGAUACAACAUAUUAGUGUAUUUAACGUUAAAAUAAAGAAUAAUAUCUGUUUAUUUCGGAAUGUAUCUUUUAUUGAUAUGUGUUUCUCUUGUCUUAUAUAAAAUGAGUAAAACUUUUCGUUUCUAUACAAAAUUCGGUAUUUAUUUUUUGUAUACAAACAUACUUUCACUCUUUUUAUUACCAAUUUUUAUAUGUCUACCAAGAAGUGAAAAAAAUUUAUUAACAGUGGCACUAGUAUUUGCUCCUAUUACCAAAGCUAUGGGAGUAAGUUGGGAGAUAAGAGGAAGAGAACAUUUAGAACAAGAGAGAUCAUGCAUAGUAAUAAUGAAUCAUCAAAGUCUUUUAGAUUGUGUUGGACUGUAUCAAAUAUGGCCGUUUUUGAAAAAAAGCACAAUUAUAUCAAGACGAAUAAUUUUUUAUAUUUGGCCAAGUGGUUUAAUUUGUUGGUUCGGUAAAGUGAUAUUUAUAAACAGGAUGAAAUCGAAUUUAGCCCGAAAAAUUCUUAACGAUGCCACGGAUUAUAUUAAAGAAAAAAAGAUGAAAUUAUUAAUAUUUCCCGAAGGAACUAGACGCAAUAAUGGUGAAAUUCAUGCAUUCAAGAAAGGUGCCUUUUAUAUUGCUAUACGUAAUCAGUUACCUAUAAUACCAGUUGUUUUCUCUUCCUAUUAUAAUUUUCUAUCAAAUGAAGAAAAGAGAUUUGAUUCUGGUCGAGUUAUUGUAGAAGCAUUACCAGCAAUAUCUACGAAAGGAUUAACACUUGACGAUAUUAAUAAAUUGUUGGAAAAAACACGAAAUAGUAUGAUCGAUACUUUUGAUAAAAUUAAUAAAGAAGUACAAUCUUGAAGUGUUUUUAAUACUUUUGGAUGGUAGCAAUCAUAUUAUUAUAAAUAGAUAUUCAAUUAUAUUAUUAUAAAAAAAAUUUUAUUAUUCUCUAUUCUAUUAAAAGUAAUUCAAUUGAAUAUCUAAAAUAUCUCGUUAUUUGAAUAUCAGAGAUAUAUAUUUUUUGGAAUUGGAUGAAAAG